CCGCAGGUUGAGGAGAACAUCUUGUUUUUGUUCUCUCUUCCGGCUGGAGACUCUCGGACCUUCAUCAUCGCAGCUGUUUGUGAAACUUUGACAAACUUUCUCUCUCUCUUGGAGCAAAUCUCGCAGAAACACGAUGAGCCACGUCGACGUGAAAAACCUGAAGCCCACCAGCUUUGAGGACGAGUACUACGACCAGUACGAGUAUUAUAACCUCACCGAUAAGUACGCAGAAGGCUCAGCCCGGAAAGGCCGGACCAAGAAGGAGGCCAGCGAGAACACCAACAGACACAACCCCUCCGGGCACGAGCGCAAGCUCGUGGAGAAACUGCAGAACAGCGAGAAGAAAGCCAAGGAGUGACUUCUGAGGGCGACUCGGACAGCUUAUCCUGGAAACCGACCACGGCCUCCUUGGCGACAGAACGAGACGUAGAGAUGGCGGGAGCGUCCUGAGCUCCGGUGGGCGAGGUUUAACCUGGGCGUGAGGACGAGCCCACAGAUCCAGCAGUGACCUGGCUGACAGGCAGCAGACUGGGGCUCCUCCGCCUGGAGGUGUUGGAAAGCACUCACCUGUGGUGGGCUGCACCCGGGUCUCUGCUCAGACCGCGGCGGUGCACGUGUGAUUGUGGUGGUGGCAGACGGGUGAUUCUUGAUGUGUUGACGAGUUCUUGAUGGAUUUUUAAAGUACUUUUACUAUUAAAACAUU